GAGAAUGGACUCAACGGAAUUCUGGCAGACGAGAUGGGGCUUGGUAAAACUCUUCAAACGAUCAGUUUCCUAGCGUUCCUGAGAGAAAAGGGCACAUUGGGCCCUUUCCUAGUCGUUGCACCCGUAUCUACGUUGUCGAAUUGGGUUGAAGAGAUUGCGAGAUUCGCACCUGAGAUCCCAGCUGUUCUAUACCAUGGGACUCCACCUGAACGUGAGGAAAUACGUAAAACAAGGAUGGCGGAGAUGGAUGCGAGGUUCCCCGUUAUAUGCACGUCUUACGAGCUCGUCAUGAUUGACCGAAAACAUCUCAAAAAGCAUAACUGGAAGUUUAUCAUCAUCGAUGAAGGUCAUCGUAUCAAGAAUCUCAACUGCAAAUUGAUCAGCGAGUUGAAGAAGUACAAUUCAGCAAACCGUCUGCUUCUCACUGGCACUCCCCUUCAGAACAAUUUGUCAGAAUUGUGGUCUUUGUUGAAUUUUUUGUUGCCUGAUAUCUUUGACGAUCUCGCUAAGGAGAAGAAGGUUGGGAUUGUUGCUAGUUUACAUGCAAUCUUGAAACCGUUCUUGCUCCGGAGAAUCAAGGCAGACGUUGAAACUAACUUGCCUCCCAAGAGAGAGUAUAUCUUGUAUGCACCUCUGACCAGGAACCAGAAGGAUCUCUAUGGAAUGAUCUUGGAUCGCAAGGCCAAGGAGUGGUUGAUAGAACAACUACUCAGCAGCAGGAAUAGUAGCAAAAAGCGUAAGCUCUUAACCGUCGGCCAAGAAUCACCCAAUAAGAGGGCCAAGAGCCCUGAUCCAAAGCGGAAGAAAAAGUGUGUUUCAUAUAAGGAGCUAUCGGAUGAUGAGUAUUUCAAUAUGCUAGAAGAAGCGCCAUCCGGGGAAGAGGGACUAGAGCCUACUGUCACUGAGGAUGAAAAGCUGAUUCUUCAAGCCACUCAGGAAAUUGGCACCAAGAAGCUGCAAAAUCGCAUUAUGCAACUACGUCUCGCUUGCAAUAGUCCUCAUUUGUUUUACUGGCCGUGGGGCCAAGGUGAACCUGAUGAACGUCUAGUAACCGUCUCCGGAAAGAUGAUGCUCCUCGAGAGACUCGUUCCAGCGCUCUUCGCGAGAGGUCACAAGGUUCUUAUCUUCAGUCAGUUCACCAAGAUGCUUGACAUUAUCGAGGAAUGGGCCGUGACUCUUAGACAUUGGCCCGUUUGUAGAAUUGAUGGUGGAAUCAAGCAAGAAGAUAGACGUGAGCAUAUCAGGAGAUUCAAUAAAGACGAAGGGUGGAAUAUCUUCUUGCUCAGCACUAGGGCCGGUGGUUUAGGUAUCAACCUCACAGCCGCUGACACUGUAAUCCUCUUCGACUCAGACUGGAACCCGCAGCAGGACCUCCAGGCCCAAGAUCGUGCGCAUCGCAUCGGGCAAAAGAAGCCCGUGAUAAUCUACCGCUUUGCCACCGCCGCAACUGUGGAGCAAACCAUCCUGGAGAAAGCAGACGGCAAGCGCCGCCUGGAAAAGCUGGUCAUCCAGAAGGGCAAGUUCAGGAGCGUCUCCGCCCCCUCAGCCUUGGAGGAGGAAGAGCUCGCCCAGAUCCUCAAGGAGGACUUUGAGAAGGUCAAUGUCGUUGAGCAGGGCACGCAGUUGCUCACCGAUGCAGAGCUAGAGACUUUAAUGGAUCGCAGUCCCGAAGCGUACUCGCGCGCUGCCAAAGGUAAGGAAGAGGCUAGUGGGGCGUUUAGAGUCGUGGAGACCGGGGCGAAGGAGGAGGAGGAGGAGGAGGCCCAGGGAGCCGAUGGUAGUGCUGGUGAUGGGACCGGCGGAGUUUAGCUUCCUCGACUUUCCCUUUUGAAGGAAGCAAGGAAGGAGCAGUUAAUGUCAUAUACUUGCCUUUUUUUUUCCUUAUUUUCUUUCCUUCUACUCUCACUUUUUUCUUCUUUCCGCAAACAAAUUUUACCAUUAGGUGAUACAGUAGACGUGCUAGCGGUGAUCCAGUGUUCUUUUAUUUAUUGCUUUUCGCGGAUCUUUUGGUACCUCUUUCAUUCUAGUUUCCUCUUCAUGUUUAGUUGACUCAUCUUACUAUUUGUCACAGAACACUGGAUCAUUGCUUUCUCAUUCCCGUUUACAUUCCCAGCUAGCUAGUUACUUCCCUUACCUACAUUAGUCCUCCGCUUACCUCCCCUCACAUGUAUUUAUUCCCAUCCCCCCCUAUUAUGUAGUACCGUACUAUUAUCACAGGCCGGGGGAAACUUGUUUUCUUUUUUUCCUCGUUUGGUUUGGUUCGGCUCGGUUCUUUAGAUGUAUUUUUACUUUCGAUAUUUUUAACUACGAGUAAAGUUAUGGUGGACGGACGGACGGAUGGAAGGGAGGGUAUAUCCUAUUGCUUUCUCCUCUUAUUAACAUCCG